GUUUAUUCUUCGUUCAUAAGUUUUUAGCCCAUUAGAGCCUGGUAAUCCUUGUUGCAGAGAUGGAGUCGGAGAAGACGCUGUUUUGGUCGAUGAUGGGUUUCAUGUCCCUGCAAUCCAGAACUCUCCCCGACCUUCUCCACCAAAUGUACAACCUGUGGAAGAAGUAUCGAGACAAUUCAAGUGCAUACUUCAGCAUAGAAAUCCCUGAAUACGAAGAAUCCUCCCUUCACUGUCCCAACGAAAUAUACCGUUCUGUGCGAAUGUAUUUGAGCAGCCUUGAUGCAACAGCAAACGCUCCCACAGUCUCCAUAACACGCCCCAACCGAAACACCAAGCCUCUAUUUAACCUGCCCUCUCAACACACAGUCAAGGACGAGUUCCAAGGAGCUCAAGUAUGGUGGACACACCUUGUCGGGGCCAAAGAAACGCAGGAGAUAAGAGGUGAAAUCGAAAGAAGAAGCGAGGGAAAAUAUAUCCUCAAGAUUUCCAUCAAAAGAAACGCAGGAGAUAAGAGGUGAAAUCGAAAGAAGAAGCGAGGGAAAAUAUAUCCUCAAGAUUUCCAUCAAAGACAGAGCGAGGGUUUUAUCAUCCUACAUCGACCACAUUUCAGAGGUCGCAGACGACCUGCAGAUGCGCAGUCGAAAUACGAAGCUCUUCAGUAAUGCCAGUGGAGGUUGCUGUGCAAGUUGGGGCUCGGUGGCGUUCAGGAGCUCCUCCACCUUUAAAACCCUAGCCCUGAAACUCUCGCUUAAAGAGAAGAUUAAGCAGGAUCUCGACUGUUUUCUUCAAAGCAGAGAUUUUUACCGGAGGACAGGGCGGGCAUGGAAAAGGGAUUAUCUUCUGUACGGUCCUCCUGGUACGGGUAAAUCCAGUCUCAUCGCCGCCAUUGCUAACUACAUGAACUAUGAUGUUUAUGAUCUGGAGCUCACCAAGGUCUAUGACAAUUCCAUUCUCCGUCAUCUUCUGCUCGAGACUUCAAGCAAAUCUGUUAUUGUCAUUGAGGACAUUGACUGUGCUGUCAAUUUGCCCACCAAGGCAAUUAGCAGGGAGCCCUCUGAGUUUGAAAAGGAUGAGUAUUCGAAACAUGCUCGGCGAGGUAGAUCUGCCAUUACUCUUUCUGGUUUGCUUAAUUUUGCAGACGGGCUUUGGUCCAGUUGCGGUGAAGAGAGGAUCAUGAUUUUUACGACUAAUCAUAAGGAGCGACUCGAUCCUGCGCUGCUGAGAAGUGGUCGAAUGGAUAUGCAUAUACAUCUGUCUUACUGUGAAUUUGAGGCAUUUAAGCAAUUGGUUUUUAAUUACUUGGAUUUGGGGGAUCAUUUAUUAUUUUCGUCUGUAGAGGAGAAGAUGAAAUCUGGAGGGCGGCUGACUCCUGCAGACAUAUGUGAAAUUCUAAUUCGGAAUAAAUCUCAUCCUGAUUCUGCCAUUAAGGCCGUUAUUGAUGCUCUGGAUGGAGGAAGUUGCAGUGGAAGUGAGAAUGCAAUGGGCCCUUCUGUAGAUAAAGUGAAAGAAGAAUCGCCAUUGUCUCCGUCGUCACCAUCAGAGGAAGCACAAUCAUGCACCCACAGCCUGGUAAUCCUUGUUGCAGAGAUGGAGUCUGACAAAACAAUGUUGUGGUCGAUGAUGGGUGUCAUGUCGCUGCAAUCCAACGGCCUACCAAGUUAUCUUCACCAACUCUACAAGCUCUGGAAGCUCUACAGAGACAAUCUAGGCGCAUACGCCCACAUAGAAAUCCCCGAAUUCGAAGAAUCCUCAAUGGGAUGUUCAAACGAAAUCUACUAUUCUGUGGGAAUGUAUCUGAGCAGCCUAGAAGCAACAGCAAAUGCCCCACGAGUCUCCAUGACUCGACCCAGUCGAAACACCAAGCCAGCCUUCAAUCUGCCCUCUGAACACACCAUUAAAGACGAAUUCCAGGGGACCCAAAUAUGGUGGACGCACCAGCUCAAGACAGAUGAAAAGAAUGGCGGUCGAGACAGAGGAUGCAGGAGUACAGAGAGAAAGUAUGUUCUAAAAGUUCCGAACAAAGACAGAGCAAGGAUUUUGACAUCAUAUAUCGACCACAUUUCGAAAUUUGCAGAGGAUGUGCAGAGGUGCGGCCAGGAGAGGAAGCUCUUCAGCAAUAAUGAAAACCGAGCAAGAUGGAGCUCUGUGGCGUUCAAGCAUCCAUCGACUUUCGAAACUCUGGCCCUUGAUCCUGUUCUAAAGCACAAGAUUAUGCAGGAUCUCGACUGUUUUCAGCAAAGCAGGGACUUCUACCGCAGAACAGGGCGGGCAUGGAAAAGGGGUUAUCUUCUGUAUGGUCCUCCUGGUACGGGUAAAUCCAGCCUCAUUGCCGCCAUUGCUAACUACAUGAACUAUGAUGUUUAUGAUCUUGAGCUCACUAAGGUUUUCGACAAUUCAUGUCUGCGUGAGCUUCUGCUUGGAACUUCAAGCAAAUCUGUUAUUGUCAUUGAGGACAUCGACUGUGCUGCAAAUUUGUCCUCCAAGGCAAUGUGCAGGAGGCCCAGUAAGUCUCACAAGGAGGGGUCUAAACAAUCUCGACGGGGUUAUUCUACCAUUACUCUGUCUGGUUUGCUUAAUUUUGCAGAUGGGCUCUGGUCCAGCUGUGGUGAAGAGAGGAUGGUGAUUUUUACUACUAAUCACAAGGACAGACUUGAUCCUGCACUGUUGAGAAGUGGUCGCAUGGAUAUGCAUAUACUUUUGUCUUUCUGUGGGUUUGCUGCUUUCAAGCAACUGGUUUUGAAUUACUUGGAUAUGGAGGAUCACAAGCUUUUUGCGUCUGUGGAGGAGAAGAUGCAGUCUGGUGGGUGUCUGACACCGGCAGAGAUUUGUGAAAUUCUUAUACAGAAUCAAUCUGAUCCUGAUUGUGCAAUUAAGGCUGUUGUAGCUGCUCUUGAAGCCAAUCUUGCUGGCUCGGGCAUGGAUGCAGGGGACUCUGUGAAAAGUGAGAGUGAGAGUGAAUCUUCUGAGGAGGAGGAGGAGGAAGAAGAUCUGUCAUGUUCAUCAGAGGAGGAUGAUGAAUAA